AUGGAGGAAAUUGUAGUCGUAUUAGCUGAUGGUAUUGUGUUAGUAUUGAGAGUGUAUUGUGGUGUUAUUAUGGUUUUGUGCCCACAAUUUCAAUAUGGUGUUAUUGGGACUGUUACCGCAGUGUUAUGGAGAUUUAUCAUUGAGAAAUUGAGAAAAAGAGGUGUUAUUGUGUGUGUAUUGCAUGGCUACGGUAGUAUUGUCGCAGUAUUGUGCGGUGUUAUAGGUAGAAAUUACUGCGGCUCGGGAGUGGUAUUAUCGUGGGUAAUACCGCAGUUAUAUCAUGGUGUUAUUGCAGGGUUACCGUGGUUCCACAAAAGUGGUGUUGUUGGAGGUAUUAUUAGUGCUAGUAUUGCAGGGUUAUUGGCAAUGAAUUGCGAAAGCAUAGUUAUUGUGGUUGCAUCAGCACAGAAGCACAGUGUUAUCCGGAGAUUUGCAGCGGCGGCAUUGAGAUGGUGUUAUUGUGGUCUAGCCAAAAUCGAGCCUGGGAUGAACCUAAACCCUUCAAUUCAAUUUGGGUUCACAUGUCAGAGCACAAUUAAGGGUCUGGGUUUUGAUAUUGAUCUUCAAAGUCAUCUACAUGUACUUUCAUCUUCCUCUAUUAGUCUUCUGACAGCAGUGCAGAAAGAGAGACUGAUUAAGAUGGGAGGGGAGAAGUCAGUAGAAGUGGUGGAGAUUGAGAACGAUGAAGAAACUAAUGAGAGAAGUGAAGGAAUAAGUUGCAGAAAGAAGUUGCAGCUUGAGCUGAACCUUAAUGAGGAACUGAUGGCAGAUGGAGGAGAAGAAGAUGAUGAAGAUAACAAUGGAAGCACCACAGAAGUUUUGGAGGAAGGAGGAGAGAGUUAUAGCUACAAUAAUAAUAGUGAAGAUGAUGGAAACAACAAUGAUGGUGGCUCAAGUAAGAGCAUGGAGGAUGGAGAGGAGAACCGAGACCGGCGAUCGGCUGCCGUGAGACAAUAUGUGAGGUCUAAAAUGCCAAGGCUGCGGUGGACACCAGAGCUUCAUCUCUCCUUUGUUCAUGCUGUUGAGAGGCUGGGCGGCCAUGAGAGAGCAACCCCAAAGUUAGUACUUCAGAUGAUGAAUGUAAGGGGCUUAAGUAUUGCCCAUGUAAAGAGCCACUUGCAGAUGUACAGAGGCAAGAAGCUUGAUGUUUUGGGACAAGAAAGAGCCAUCUUCUCUUCAGCAUUUUCAACAUUUGAUGCCCAUCCAAGGAGGGAGAUGCUAUACCAAAGAGCAGCCGGUUCGUGCCAACAAUUACGAUAUAUUCAUGAAGCAGAAAGAAUUUACAGUCUCCUGCGGCAGUCUCAAGCACAAAGAAGCUUUGAAUUCAAAAACGGUAACUUCAGACAACAAGAGUCAGUUUUUAAUCAGCAAAUGAAUUGCAAGCAAGAUGGGAUUUCGAUUUCUGAUAGAUCCAAUGAUCACUUCAUGGAAGAAAGCUAUGUGCCUCUGCAAAGGAGCAGAAGCUCUGAGUGGAUUGGAGGUGGCUGCUCUCAGAUCCAGCUCUCUCCGACUCCUCGAAUACAGUCAAUUAUGCCUGCUUUUAGGAUGAAUGGAACCAGCAGUGAUAAUUUUAGCAAGCUGAACCAAUCCUUCUGGCAUGAAGCUUUGAUUAAAGAUGAACUUCAUCAGCCUCGUUUGUCAGCAUCUUCUGCAUUCCAGGAUCAACAGUGCAACAGAAGUUCAGCUAAGUCUGACCACAGCUUUGAAAGUAUGGAGCAAAUUUCUUCUGAAGCCAAGAGGAUGAGGCUUACAAGGGAGAAGAGUGCAAUUCCAGAUUUGCAGCUGAGUUUGCAGCCAAGCUCAAUAGAUCAUAAAGGGAUAAUUAGUGAGAAUAUUGAGUCUGGAGAUGAAAGUGAGCUCUCACUUUCUCUAUCACCUCCAACCAGGAGAGCUGUGAAAAGCUCCUUUAAAAUGCAAGGGAAGAUGAUGAGCUCUGAGAAAGAUUUUCUGAAGAUUGGCAGCAGUAAGAUGUCCCCUCUGUUUUUCUCAGAUAUCACCAUGUCCUACUAA